AUGGCAGCCAACAUCACUGCUACCCACCCGUACUAUCCCCUCGGGGUCGACAUUCCGGGCUAUGUCGCCAACACCCUUUCCACGCAGACUAUCCUCGCCAUCUUCUCCACCGCUUGUGCUGGGGCCCUUCUGCCCGCGCUCUUCCUCAUCCGACGCGCGGCGCCCAAGCUCUCCACCGCCGAUCUAACAACGGCGAUGUGGUUCGUCCUGUGCGGAUGCAUCCAUCUCGUCCUUGAAGGCAACUUUGCCGUUACCCACGUCGCCAGCGGCUCCUCGGUCCUCAACCAGCUCUGGAAAGAAUACUCCCUCUCCGACUCGCGUUAUCUCACUCGCGACGCCUUCAUGGUCUGCAUGGAGACCAUCACCGCCUUCGCCUGGGGACCACUCUCGUUUAUCCUUGUCUACCUAAUCACCACCAACCACCCCGCGCGAUAUUUUCUCCAAACGGUCGUCAGCCUCGGCCAGCUCUACGGCGACGUUCUGUACUACGGCACCUUUUUCCACGAGGAUAUUUACCGGGGUCUCGAAUUCUCCAGGCCAGAGCGCUAUUACUUUUAUGGAUACAUGGUGCUCCUGAACUCAUUUUGGAUCGUGAUUCCGACCUUCCUGCUCGUACAGUCGGGUAAGGCGACUGUGGCGGCUUUCGCGAAGGCGGGGAAGACGGGAAAGAGGGAUUGA